AUGGCAGAACAGGGAGCAAACUUGGAACACCGGCCGUCAAAACGAGCAAAAAAUAUCACAGCGCUCCAAGCCAUAGGCCCGGACCUUCAAGCCGAAGCGCUACUAAAAUAUAGCCUGAAGCUACCGCAGAGCUUCACGCCAGGUGCCAUACAAGCUAACCGAGUUGCAUUACGGGUGUCUCUGGACCUGGCGGCAACGUGUUCGCCCUCGUGGGAGGGUGUAGACCAGGGCAAGGAAGGCGUUCUAAUACCCCGCAGCGCACAGGUUGGCCACGUUCGUCAGCUGGAGCUCCUGUCGCACAUGCCAGCGGAGGUGCAAGGACUGUACGCCGGCGUUCACGGGCAACACCACAUCCUGGCGGCGGUGGACGCGGUGGGCAACACCCGGGUGCUGGCUGAACCUCUUACGCAGGGUCCGGGUCCGGGUCCUGGCGGGCAGCCUGGGGCCCAGGAGCAGGACAGCGAGGAGGGUGGUGGUGGGAAUGCGGCUGGACGGGCCUGGCAGUCCGCUCGCCUGGGGAGGUGGCGGCAGGGGGAGGUGGAGGUGGAGGUGGCGGUUGCCCGGCAGCGGCUGCGUGACGUGGGGGUGUACCGGGACGGCGCCAGGCUGCGGACUCUGCAUACCAUUCAGGUUUCACUGUGGGAUGUACGGCAGGGCGAGCGUGGUGGUUGCGUGCAGCGGAUAGGUGUGUACGGCGGAGGGUUCCCUAUUUACAGCCUCUGUUGGCUGUCCGCCGCCGUUACCGGCAGCGGCGGCGGCGGCGGCGGCGGCACGGCCAUUACCGCCGCUACGGGACGGCCGCGGCAGCAGCAGCAUCACCAUCAGGGGCCAGGUGGUGGUGUGUUGGGGCCGGCCGGUGCGGGCCUGCUGGCGGCGGCGGGCGGCGAGCGAUCUGUGGUGGUGCUGGAGCCUCGAAAGGACCUAGCAGACACGACUAAGGAGACAUUAGCCGUUACACGUAUUCGGGAGAUCCGCGACCUACCACCGAAAGCCCCUUUGCCUAGGCGUAAACGUGUGAAUCUGAGGUGGCACGUCGUGGCCAAGUGGCCCGGUUGCGUCAAGUACCCCGCCACCCAUUUGCGGCCCUCAGUCCUGGCCCCCGGGUACGUGUACGUGGCAGGACUGGACUACGAGUGUGCGGCCGGCCGCUGGGACGGCAGCUGCGGCUCCUCCACGGGUAAUGCCAACAGUGGAUCCGGGGGACACGGCAGGGCCAUGGGCCCGGUACAGCUCCUGAAGGCCGGCUGGGGGCAGCAGCAACAGCAGCAGCCGGAUGGCGCUGUGGCGGCGGGGCCGAUGGCGAUGGACGAAGGGCCGGAAGGCGGCAUCAGCAGACGAGGAGGUCUUUUGUUUCGGGGAAGUUCCAAGUGGUUGGGCCUGGCGACCUGCAGUCUGCCGCUCUUGGGGGCUGAGGGUGCUGCCCGGCGGGAGGUGGCGGCAGCACUGACUUUGUCCGGCCACUUACAUGUGCUGCUGACGUCUGCGUCGGUACUGGCUUCCCCUGAGGCUGUUACCGCUUGA